CAAAAUAGUCGAUGUCAGCUGCGGUGGCGAAAUAAAAAAAAACAUUUUUUUAUGGCAGAUCGGGCUGAAGCGUGUAAUUUUCGCAGUCAAUACUACAGCAAAGUUGAUUUUAAGAUAGUAGACCAUAAAAAGACAGCCGAAAGAUUAUUUGCCGAAAGAAUCGUUGACAUCCAUAAACUGGAAUGUUUAUGCCUCCGACCCGUCACUUUAAAUCAUCAAUAUCGCUAUUUGACAUGGAGAGUUCUCUUAGGUUUACAAUCGCCAGUCAGAGGGGAAACGACCGAAGAAGAAUAUCGAAAGAAAGAAUUCGAAGAUCUGUAUAGAACAUCACAAGAGCUUUUUAAUACAUCGAAAGCAGAAGAUAAUACUAAAAAUUUAUUAUUAUGCUAUCGUUUGAAGUUUGGAACUAUACCGUUCAGUUGGAUAACAGAUAAGAAUGUUGACGAGAACCUUAGUUCCGAGGAUGUUUCCUUAUUAGCAAUAUUCUCUACAAUGCUAGAAAUUAGCGAAAACCUAUGUGAUUCAUUCUGGUUAGCUACUCGAUUUUAUCAAUCUUCAAAGAAAUUUAGAAAUCAGUAUGAUCUUUUGAUUGACAAGGUUAAAAUCACUAUGAGAAACGAAGACGAUCAAGUCUACGAACAUAUUAAUAGUGUAGAUCUCAUUGGUAAUUUACCUAUAAAGUUUUGGUUCUCUUCCUGUUUUGCUCAAAUAUUUCCCACCGCUAGUCUGGAACGAAUAUGGGAUAAAAUUAUUGCUGGAUCGUCAAUGUUUAUGGUUAAUGUGACUGCUGCCUUAGUUCUCUCGUUUAGGCGGCCUCUUCUAGCCUUAAAAAGCGUCAACGAUAUGCUGCAGUGUUUUGAACAGCAACUAACCGAGAAUCAUGCAAAUCUAGUCGUCAGCCAUGCCUUAGAUAUGUGGAGAAAGAGUGGAUUUCGUACAACUCCCAUUUCAGGAUCGGAUUCGGUGAAUCGAGUUUUAUCUCAACCUGUUAGCCGCUCCAUUCAAAAUAUCGGUAAUCUAAGUUUAUUUAGGAGUUUGCAAAAGCUUAACUCUUUUGUUAGAAACACAUCUAAGGAAAAAGUUCGUAAUUUUACUUCUCAGAGGAAAUAAGUGAUGCGAUUUCUCUUCUCCUUCUACUGUUUUAUUUAUUUAUAUUUUGGGAAACUUUUUUCUUUCCUACCCUUCUCCUUCCUUCCUUUUCUUUUUUUUCUAUUCCAACAAAAUAGAGAGUUACGUGUAUAUCCUUUUUCUUUUGUGUUGUCGCCGAAGAUCUGUUUUUUUUUUCUUUUUUUUCGCUAAUUUACACAAAGAGUUUAUAUUUAUUCUAUUUUUUCCCCUUUUGUUUUUACUUAUUUUUUAAUUUCUUCUCUCAAAAGAAAAACAAAAAAGAUUAGAGAAAAAAUUUUCGUUUGCUCAAAGAAUUUGUAAUGUUUUUCUGCGUUUUUAUAGAAUGAGUUUACUUGG